GGUGGAGGUGUGGCCGUGGCGGCUACGAGGCCUGAGCGGCACCUGUAGGCAUUUGUAAUAUGGGAUACCUUCAUCUGGUAUCAAAGACUGAAAUGUGAAAUUGGCCUGCAGUUCCUGGGAAGGCCAGUCUCCUUCACUAUCAUCAUUAUUUAUAAGAGUUGAAAAAUGGAUUUCUUAUGGUUUUACAAAUUUAUGGGUCUUCUGUGGAAGAAUUUUAUUUUAAAGAGACGGCGGUUAGUGGUGUUAUUUGUGGAAUUCAUCCUAACAGUGCUAUUUGCUAGUACACUUUUGUUAACACACAGGUUUUUGAUUAUAAAGAAGUCUGGGCCUUUCAAUUACUCUCUUCAGCCUGUUGAUGAGUUGCCUGCAUUCCUUGGAAUGGCCGUCACUUCUGGUCAUUGGGAACUGGCUUUCCUGCCUUCCAAAAGUGUUGUGGUAAAGGGCAUCACUGAACUCGUGAAAAGGGAUUUGCAUUAUAAUUUCUCAGUUCAAGGCUUUUCUUCAGAAAGAGAUUUUGAAGAGUAUGUUAAGCAAGAGAAUAACUCUAAAAAAGUGUUGGUUGCUAUUAUUUUUGACCAUGAGUUCCAAAAUAGCAAUGAUCCCCUGCCAUUUAAGGUAAAAUAUUUUCUGCGUUUCAGUAGUUUUCAGAGGAACAAGUAUGUGGGUUUUCUCCGAACUGAAGGCUGGGAAACAGGUGUUCUCUUUCCACCUUUUCCUUCUUUGGGACCCAGAAGUGAACGCAACUCAAAUGGGGGGCCUCCUGGGUACAUCACUGAAGGGUUCCUGGUUAUACAGCAUGCCUUGGAUCAGGCCAUCAUGAAAUAUUUUAACCACACAGCUACACAAAAGCUAUUUCAAGAUGUCACUGUCUUUGUUCAGAGAUUUCCAUAUCCAGAAUAUUCUCGUGAUUACUUCUUCACCUUUUUUGGUAUUUUCAUUCCUUUAGUAAUCUUAUUUAUCUUCUCUAUGAACCAUCUUACCCUCAUUCAGUCUAUUAUGUGGGAAAAGGAAAAGCGAUGGAAGGAGUAUCUGCUCAUGAUAGGACUCAGUAAUUGGAUGUUCUGGGGUGCCUAUUUCUUCCCAUUCCUCUCUUUGUAUUCAGUUAUCAUCCUUUUGAUGUGCAUGAUUUUCUUUGCCAAGAUAGAACCUGUGCCAGUCAUCCAGUACAGUGACCCAUCUCUUGUCUUUGUCUUUUUGCUGUGUUUUACCAUCGCCACAAUAUUCCUCAGCUUUAUGGUUAGCACGUUCUUCGAUAAAGCACAUUUUGCUGUUUCUGUUGGAGGUUUCAUUUAUUUUGCUACCUACUUUCCACUUGUUACAGUCUCUACAAACUUUGCACAAAUGACAUUCUCCCAGAAGCUGGCUUCCUCAGCUCUCAGCUCAAAUAUAGCAAUGGGGCUGGGAACUAAAUUCCUAGUCAAGGCAGAAAUGGAGAAAAUUGGAAUUAAAUGGAGUAACAUCUGCUCACCACCCAAAAUGGAGAACUUUGACUUUGCCCACGUACUGGGAAUGUUUUUAUUUGAUGCUUUCUUAUAUGGCCUUGUGGCCUGGUAUAUAGAAGCUGUCUUUUCAGGCGAGUAUGGUGUGCCCAAGCCGUGGAACUUUUUCUUGCUGCGCUCUCACUGGUUUGGGGAAACACCUGAGGGGAAAAAGGAAACAAGGCAAUUUUAUGAAACAAAUGAAAGCAAGUAUUUUGAAGCAGAGCCUACUAAUUUGGUGGCAGGUAUCCAAAUCAAACAUUUGUGCAAGGAAGUCCGAGUGCCAAAUACUACCAAGAUAGCUGUAAAAGACCUGUCUUUGAAUUUAUAUGUGGGGCAGAUCACUGUUCUUCUAGGACCCAAUGGGGCAGGAAAAUCCACUACUCUAUCUAUUCUCUCAGGUCUCUAUCCUGCUACCAGUGGUGAGGCCUAUAUUAAUGGAUAUGACAUCUCACAGCAGAUGGUCCAGAUCAGGAAAAGCUUGGGCUUGUGUCUCCAACAAAAUUUGUUGUUUAAUUACUUGACCGUGUCAGAACACCUUUAUUUCUAUUGUGUGGUAAAAGCAAUACCUCAAAAGACACGUCUUAUGGAAACUGAUCAUAUGCUGGCUGCUUUUAACCUGCUAGAUAAGCGUAAUGAAUUUUCAUGUUCACUGAGUGGAGGAAUGAAGCGCAGACUCUCCAUGAUAACAACUAUUAGGGGGGGUAAAAAGGUGGUGAUACUUGAUGAACCAACAUCUGGCAUGGACCCAACCUCAAGGAGGGCCACCUGGGAUGUCCUUCAGCAGUAUAAACAGGAUCGUACCAUCUUAUUGACCACCCACUACAUGGAUGAAGCUGACUUCCUGGGUGACCGCAUAGCCAUCAUGGUCAAGGGAUCCCUGCGGUGCUGUGGCUCUUCAGUUUUCCUGAAAAAAAUAUAUGGUGUGGGAUACCACAUUGUCAUGGUGAAGGAAGCUCACUGUAAUGUUGAAGAAAUCUGCAAAUUGCUUCAGUAUCAUAUACCAACAGCCACUUUGGAGAAGAAUGUUAAUAAUGAAGUAUUUUUUAUUCUACCCAAAGAGUACACACACAGCUUUGAAGCUCUAUUUACUGCUCUGGAAAAGAGACGAUACAAGUUAGGGAUUGCUAGCUUCGGUGCCUCUAUUACUACCAUGGAAGAAGUCUUUUUUAGAGUCAGUAAUCUGGAAGAUUCACAAACAGAUAUCCAAGCUAUCCAAACUCCACCUCCUGCUGUGAUGAAUGAAGUAUCAGUUAAGAACCAGAAUAGGAAUAUGUCAAGCAAUUGUUCUACCAUGAACGAAAGCCCUGCUAUUAUGUUUAAUACUGGGUAUUCCCUCUAUCAUCAGCAGUUCUGUGCCUUGUUCAUAAAGAGGGCGAUGUUCAGUUGGCGGAAUUGGAAACUGAUUUUGCUACAGAUACUGGCACUUCUAGUUUCCUUUACUUUUCUCUCAGAGGCUAAUAAGUUUUUACAUACUAAAGAUGAAAAGGCCAGACAAAUGGAUUUGGAUCAAUAUGGCCAAACAAUUGUGCCUUUAUCUAUUUCUGGGAAUUCUAAUUUGACCCUGAUUUUCCUAAAACAUCUUAGGAGUAUGCUAGAGUCUCACAAACACACACUUAAGGAAGUGCAAGGUGACCUACUGAAAUACUUAAUGGAAAAUGAAGAUUGUAUUCACUUAUGCAUUGUUGCCUUUUCUAUUGAGGUGAAGACAAAUAGAAUAAUUCUUACUGGUCUUUUCAAUGAUCAAGCCUAUCAUUCACCAUCUCUGACCCUGGCAAUAUUAGACAACAUUCUUCUCAGGACAAUUGCUGGCUCUAAUGCUUCCAUAACAGUCUUCAAUAAACCUCAGCCACACUCUAAGUAUAAAAAACAAAGUGGAACAUUAUUGGAUGGAUUCCAGGUGGCCUUAUAUAUACAUUUUGGCAUGGCUUUCUUAAUCAGUGGCUUUUGUCUCCUGACGGUGACUGAACGAGUCACUAUAGCAAAGCACAUCCAAUUUCUGAGUGGAGUUUUUGUCCCUGUAUACUGGCUUUCUGCUCUACUGUGGGAUUUCAUCAUCUUCUUCAUUACCUGCUGCUUACUACUC